AUGACGGCCCUGGGAGUGAGAGCCAACCCCCAAGGGGUGCGCUGGCAGCAAGCACCCGCCUGCCUCCUUGGCUGCUUUUAUCUGGGGUGGAAAGGUGAGAGGAUCCUGGGCUACGCCGAGGAGCCUUGCUACCUGUGGUUCGUCAUGGAGUUCUGUGAAGGGGGAGACCUCAACCAGUAUGUGCUCUCACGAAGACCCGACCCAGCGACAAACAAGAGCUUCAUGCUGCAGCUGACCAGCGCCAUUGCCUUCCUGCACAAGAACCACAUUGUCCACCGGGACCUGAAACCAGACAACAUCCUGAUAACCGAGAAAUCCGGCACCCCUGUUCUCAAGGUGGCCGACUUCGGGCUGAGUAAGGUCUGCGCUGGCCUGACUGCUCGGGGCAAGGAGGGUGGGCAUGAGAACAAAAAUGUGAAUGUGAACAAGUACUGGCUGUCUUCGGCUUGCGGCUCUGAUUUCUACAUGGCGCCCGAGGUCUGGGAGGGACACUACACCGCCAAGGCUGACAUCUUCGCCCUCGGCAUCAUCAUCUGGGCCAUGAUUGAGAGGAUAACUUUCAUCGAUGCGGAGACCAAGAAGGAGCUGCUGGGGACCUACAUCAAGCAGGGGACCGAGAUUGUGCCCGUUGGGGAGGCGCUGCUAGAAAACCCAAAGAUGGAGCUGCACAUCCCUCAGAAACGCAGGACUUCCAUGUCUGAGGGGAUCAAGCAGCUCUUGAAAGACAUGUUGGCUGCUAACCCACAGGAUCGACCUGAUGCCUUUGAGCUUGAAACCAGAAUGGACCAGGUUACAUGUGCUGCUUAAAUUCAGGGCAAGGCACUGCUGUGCUUUGCAGCUGGGUUUAUUUACCAGGGACCCAUAAUCUCCAUUAUUUACAUGCAACGAGGGAAAUUGAAGAUAAGGGAAGAUGAUGAUACAGAAGACCCCUGGUCUGCAGGAUCUCUGGCAAUGUGAAAUCUUUGGGUGUUACUUUGUUUUGUUGGGAAGGAGGUGUUCUGGGGCUGUGGAGGGGGCUGCAGAGGCCUGUGGAAGAGCACAAGCUGGCAGCUGUCGUGCCCACGGGACUAUUUUAAACAAGAUCCAGAGAGCAGAGCUGCCCUUGCCCAGCCUUCCCCGUGUCUCCUGUGCUGCCAUUUGACUCCGUAGAUGUUUCUAGAGAAGAUCUGGUUCCAUAAGGAGGUGGGAAUCGGCAGCCCAGCAGUGAGGUGUGCUGCCAGGCACCAGCUCUGAGUCUGGCUGGGCACAGCUUUGGGUUUAAAGCUAUUCCUUUC